AGACAGAACGCAGUUGGCCCACUCGGGCAUCUCCAUCGUAUCCUCACGUCGUUUGUUGUAUUACGCUCUUGUUUGUGUCGCUAAAUCUUGCUUGCCUGUGUAGAGUCUAGUGGUGUUGUAGGAGGUUGUAAGAUGUUCCCACGCUUUGCUGUAGUGUUACGCGUCGCGGCUAGUAUGUAUGCCUUAUUAUACGGAUACAUUGAUUGCAUUCGUUUCCCAUCUCCCUUCUAGUUGUGAACCAGAUCAUCAUGGAGCAUCCUCAGUCUUCUAUGGAUAUCACGGUUGCGGAUUUGCGUGCAAUGCUUGAAGGCAGAUCUCACCUUCCCUCUCGCAAACGGAUACAAGAACUCAUUACAAGUCUCCCUAAGAUAUCAGAAACCGAGCUUAAAGACCUGGGACAUUCUGAGUCUGUUUGCCCCAUAUGCUUUAAUACGUUCUUGGCCGUCCUGGCUGAAGAGGAAAUGGCGCUCGUAAUGGACUCCCCUGCGCACCCGGUAGAGGAGCUGGGAGUGACCAGGCUCCACGAAACAUGCGGGCAUAUAUUCUGUCGAAGAGAUAUCACGAAAUGGAUACAAGACGGUCGCGAGUCUUGCCCCACUUGUCGCAGAGCUUUUUUCGCGAACACGGCUAAUAGUGACCAGCGUGAGACGGAUCAGUCUUCUCUGCUAGAAGAUUUUACCGAGAGCUCAAUGGUUGCCAGAGGGUCUGACGGCGCAGGCUUACUGCCCAUUCUGGGCGUACCCUCGAUGGCGAUAGGUAGACAUCUAUUUGCCCAACAACGGGAAAGCCGAAACGAAUUUUCUGGGAUGUACUCGUAGCUUUAUAUUACAUACAUCUCCUGCUCAAAUUAAGACUAAGCCCGCCCUUCAUUAUUGAAUAUUGAAUAACCAUCCAUCUACUACUCUUUUGACAGACAGGCUAAUUUAAUAAAAACGAGUGAGGCA